AUGGCCAGCUCUAUUUCUUCGAUCCUUCUCCUCUCUCUUGGUCUAGCUGCAUCUGCCACUGCUGCUAGUUACGAUUGCCGACCAGGUCAAAAAUGUUGGCCCUCUUUAAGCCAAUGGCAGCAAUUGAACACCAGUGUUGAUGGUAAUCUCCAUCAAACUAUUCCCAUUGCUGCUUCUUGCUACAAAAGCUCGGCUCAUUAUGAUCCGAAGGCUUGUGAAGUCGUCGAGGAUUACUACGGAGAUAGUAUUAUUCGCGGUGAACACUUCGGGCAGACCUACUGGCUCAAUUGGGAGACCUGUCAGAGUUCUGGAUGUACGCUUCUGGAAUCUGAUCCGACUGAGACCACCUAUGCCAAUUGCUCAAUUGGUCGCUUGGCUUCAUACUAUGUCGACGUUCGUGAUCCAUCGCAUAUUUCUGCUGCGCUCAAGUUUGCAACGACGCACAACAUCCGUCUUAGUGUGAAGAAUACAGGUCAUGACUUCUACGGAAGGUCCUCUGUUCCGAAUACACUUGCUAUCUGGACGAAGAACCUCGAUAACCUCACAUUUUACUCCAAUUUCACAGCUCAUGAUUGUCCUGCAUCGAACAGUCAAAACGUUGGAGAGCUUGACGCUGGAGUUGUUGCUCAGGAUGCAUACCGCUUCUUUAAUAGCCACGGGAUGGAUAUUAUGGGAGGCUAUGAAGAGUCUGUAGGCCUUGCUGGCGGAUUUGCUCAAGGUGGUGGUGUUGGGUCUUUUACAACAACUUACGGUCUCAUGGCUGACAACGCUGUGGAGUUUGAAGUUGUCACUGCCGACGGAGAGUUACGUGUCAUCAACCAGUGCAAUGAUCCUGACUUAUUCUGGGCCAUGCGAGGUGGUGGAGGUGGUACCUAUGCGGUUCUCACAAAGUAUCGCGUGCAGCUUUUUCCAUCCUUGCCCAUCCACACAUACACCUUCACUGCAAACUUCACCAAUGCUACACCCGAGACCAAUGCGACAGAGAAUGUUGCCUUGCGUGAGAUUCUCACAGAACAUGCCCAGAGACAGAUUGGCUGGUCUUCUCAACUGAUCACAGGUCAGAUCGAAUACUUUCCUGAAAAACUUGCCGUCAGUUUGGUACUAGUAUAUGGCGACAAUGGAUCAAAACUGAAGGCUGCUACUGCAGACUUUGACAAGUAUCUCAGCAAUCGCACAGAUCUUUCUGUAUCAGAGAACGGAUAUAAUUCAUACACCAAUUAUGCUCAAUACUUGUCAGUGACUGCGGCCGACGCCAAAGUCACCGAGCCAUCUGGAAUAUUUUCGCUUUUGUCUUCGCGAUUGAUACCCACCAAGGUAUUCACUGAUCCGAAAACCAUCGAUGAGCUAGUGGAAGGUGUGCUGCAGGGGAUUGCAACAGCCAGAAGUCUUCUCGACCUCAGCGGUACCCAGAUUGUCUGUGAGACUCCUCUGACCAAUGCAAACGCCGACGAAUCAUCAGCUGUUAACCCAGCUUGGCGGGACGCCCUUUGGCAUGUCAUCCAUGUUGGCGAAUGGCUCGAGCCAAUGGAUGAUAGCUUGUUGAAAUCCACUGCUGAAGGCAUUCUGCACACGGUGGACCCUUUGAAGGCGCUGAGUCCUGGUGGAGGUGCCUAUCUGAACGAAGCAAGUUACCUGGAGCCAGAUUGGGAACAGACUUAUUUUGGUUCUUUCUAUGAUCGGCUUUUGGAGGUGAAGAACCAAUAUGAUCCCACUCAUAUAUUUGAUUGUUGGAAAUGUGUUGGAUGGAGAGGAGAGUCUGAGUGA